ACCCUUUCAUUUCACCAUCGUCAGACCGAGUUCUAUCCGACCCGUUCCCGCCCCAGAGUUCUAAAUUUGACUACCAAACAUACAUUCUUCCGCCGCUCAACCUCAGCUCUCUUUCUUUUCCAUUUUGCUUAAUUUCAAGACUUGGGUAAGCUUAAUCCUCCAUUACUUCUUCCUUCUAUUGUUAGUGCUGGAAAACAUCUAUCUAUUUUCCGCUCUUCUAUUUCUUCUUCUUCUUCUAAAACCAUUGCUACCCACAUCCAACAUUUAACUAAGAAUUCCAUGUCUGUAAGGGGAAACCCAAAAAACUUCGAUAAUGUUGAUGAUGCUUUGAUUUUGUUUAAUGAGAUGAUUGACAAGUACCCAAGGCCCUCGGUUGUGGAAUUCAACAAAUUAUUAGGAACCAUUGUUAGAAUGAAACAUUAUGCCAUUGUUGUGUCGAUGUAUAGCCAGAUUGAAUUAUUAGGUGUUCCCCAUGAUGUUUAUUCUUUUAACAUCUUGGUUAACUGCUAUUGUCAAUUAGGCCAUAUUGAUUUUGGGUUUUCUGUUUUGGGGAAAUGCUGAAGUUAGGUGUUGAGCCUCAUGUUGUAACUUUGUCCACUUUGAUUAAUGGACUUUGUAAGCAAGGUAAGAUUUCCCAUGCUACGAGUUUGUUUGAUGAAAUGGUUGACAAAGGGUAUCAACCUAAUUUAAUUGUUUACAGGACAAUACUUAAUGGUUUGUCUAAGACUGGGAAUACCGAUCGAGCUGUUAGGUUUCUAAGGAUGAUGGAAGAUAGAGGUUUUGAGCCCAAUAUCGUAGCAUAUAACACUGUCAUUGACUCACUUUGUAAGAAGGGAUCACUAAAUGAGGCUCUCCAUCUCUUCUCCCAAGUGAAGGUUAAGGGCAUUAGACCAGAUAUCGUUACUUACAGUUGCUUAAUUCAUGCAAUGUAUGAUUUGGGACAGCAGGAGGAGGCAACAAGGCUUUUGAAUGAAAUGGUGGAUAAUAAUAUUUCACUUAAUAUUUUCACGUAUAAUAUAUUGAUUGAUGCACACUGCAAGGAUGGAAAGAUUUUUGAAGCACUAGAUACCGUUGAUACAAUGAAGAAGCAAGGCAUUGAGCCUAAUUUAGUCACAUAUAAUAUAUUGGUUGAUGCGCAUUGCAAGGAAGGGAAGGUUUCUAAAGCUGAAGAUAUUGUUGACACAAUGAUAAAGCAUAGCAUUGAGCCUAAUGUUGUUACCUAUGGUGCAUUAAUAAACGGUCAUUGCUUGCAAAACAGGAUGGAUAAAGCUAGAAAAGUAUUUCGGUCGAUGAUUAAGAAGGGUUGUGCACCUGAUAUAUCUAGUUACAACAUCAUGAUCAAUGGAUAUUGCAAAGCUAAAAGGAUAGACGAAGCAAUGGAACUCUUUCACGAAAUAUCCCAAAAAGGACCAAUUGCGGAUACUGUCACAUACAGCACUCUUAUGCAAGGUAUGUGUCAACUAGGGAGAGUUUCAUCUGCAUGUGAACUUUUGAGGAAGAUGAUUGCUUUUGGACAAGUUCCAAAUGUAAUGACCUGUUCAAUUUUGUUGAAUGGUUUAUGCAAAAGUGAUAAACUCGAAAUGGCUUUGGAACUUUUUCAAGCAAUGCGGAACAGCAAGUUGGAACUCGAUAUUGUCUGUUAUAAUAUCCUAAUUGAUGGCUUGUGCAAAGCUGGGCAUAUUGAAGUUGGAAAGGAAUUAUUUCAUAAAAUCUCACUCAAUGGUUUAAAGCCUGAUGUUUACACAUAUUCUAUAAUGAUUAAUGGAUUUUGUAAAGAGGGAUUGCAGGAUGAAGCAUACCAGUUGUUUGGGAGCAUGGGAGAUAAUAAUCGUUUGCUUGAUAGCUGCUGUUAUAAUGUAAUGAUCCAGGGGUUUCUUCAAAACAACUAUACUUCGAAGGCAACACAAGUUCUUAAGGAAAUGGUCCGUAAGGGCUUUUCUGCAGAUAUACGCACCGCCACUUUAUUUUUAGAGCUGAUCUUACGAUCUGAUAAAUCAAUCUUGAUCUGAAAUGUUCUCUUAGAUAGUAUAAAGAUCGUCACUUGGAAAUCUGAAUCAAUUUGUUCAUAGCCAAUUGUAUUGAUAAGUUAAAAGUUAUGGAAACUACAAUGAGUGUUAAGUUCUAUUUUCAGUUUAGUUGAUGUACUUUAAACAUAGGCUGAAAGAAAUAAAUGUUAUACACCAUGUUUCACUUUUCACCAGUGAUCUUUUUGAGUAGGUUUUCUUCUCAAACGGCUCAAGUAAGUGAGAAUCUUGCUCAUGGUAACCUUGGAAACCUAAAAAUUGGGGGAAAUGUUGUGGAAACUACUCUAUCUGCAGCUGUAAUCUGUACCAUCACUUUUCUUCAUUGGGAUGGCUAUUUCCUGCUACUUGGAGCCUGUAUUCAGCACCAAUGAAAAUAUUGUGGGCAAAUCCUCAACACUUCAACACUUUGCUGAAAAAGUUCCAAAAAAGCUCAACACUUCACCUUCCAAAAGCUGGAGCAGUUGGCUGGUCUCAAUUGGUAACUCCAGGAGGCGCCUCUUUGAUUCUCUGUUUUCUUAAAAUGCUUAUACUUUGGUUGUUCAGUUUAGGAGUAUUUUAAGAGAGGAUUACUUCUAAUGUCUAGUGAGGUUUUGUGAAAAUAGGUACCAUUAACUUGUUUGGUACUACAUUUAUUCAGGUUUUACUUUCUAGGUUAAUCUCAUUUGCUGCCAAAGUCUGCUGAGGAUGUUACAUGUGGUAUUAUGAGUUAAAAAAUAAAAAAAGCUAUUGACCAGUUUUUUCUUCCAAAAAGGUUGGUAAAUAGUCAGCCUUGAUAUAUAAUAUUCAUGAUUAGUCUUCAUCUUGUUACUUCAGAUCUUAUGUUUCAAGAUUCUUGUAGGAGGAUUUAAAGAGCCAUUUCCAAGAUCUUUCUGCGAGCAGAAUUGUGUGAAUCCUGCUUUUAGACCUAGAUAUUCAGGACAGUUCCACGUCGAAUUGACCUGAUGCUGUUUUCAUUCCUCCUGGUUUCAAUUUUUCAACUGACCCCUCCCAACAACAACAAUAGGCAAUUAAACGAGUAUCAUUUCUGUUAGUGCGUCAUGCCAACGUUGGCUGGAAUCAGGAUCGGGUUUUCAGGUGCUAGGUGGUGAAGGGUGGGUUUGGAUGGGCGAUCGGGUGCGGUGCUGUGCGUUUAGCUUACUUUUUGUCUCACGUUACAGUAUCGCUACAGUAUCUAAUCUCACCGCCACCGCUGUUUUUACACUAACCGCAGGUAAACGCACCGCCCAUCCAAACUCACCCGAAGUCUUGUGAGCUAACCAAGAACAAUGGUUUAUGCUCUGAAGUCGAUGCCUGAAGAAAGAAAUUCCGAGAGACUAGACACCCGGUAUACCGUGGAGUUUGCUGGAGGAAUCCCCGGAAGUGGGUUUCUGAAGUGAGGGAGCCUAAUAACAAGUCAAGGAUUUGGCUUGGAACUUUCCCGACGGAGGAGGUGGUAGUGCUUGCUCACCACGUAGCAACUAUAGCACUGAGAGGGAGGUCAGCUUGUUCAAACUUCGUGGACUCAGCUUGGAAUCUUCCGUUACUAGCUUUUUCCAACCCAAAGGAUAUCCAAAAGACGACGGCGAAGGUGGCGGAGUUUCAGAACGGCUAAGCAAUUGAAUGGGAAUUGUAGAAACGAUACAAAGAGAGGAGAAAACAUAGAGAUGGAGAAAGGGUUUAUUUGGAUGAAGAAGAGUUGUUUGGGACACAAAGAUUUUGGGCAAAUAUGGCCGCCGAUAUGCUGAUGUCACCUCGUUCCGGCCAUGACGGUAAAUGGGUAUAACAAUAAGCCGAUGAUUAUGUACCUAUGUGGAGUUAUUCUAUUUAAAAGUAAUAUUUUUAGUCAUUCAUAGGAAUUUUUACUUCAUA